UUCCAGGAGCUGUACUAUCUGAGAACGCAAAAAAAACAGAGACAAGAUGGAGAGGAAGAACAUGGAUGAGCAGAAUCAGUGUCAGAGAAAGUUAAAGGUGUGUGUGGCGACAUGCAACAGAGCGGACUACUCCAAGCUGGCCCCCAUCAUGUUCAGCCUCAAAUCCCACCCUGAUGAGUUUGACCUGGACGUGGUGGUGCUCGGCUCUCAUCUCAUUGAUGAUUACGGAAACACUUUUCGUAUGAUUGAGCAGGAUGACUUUGACAUCAAAUCCAAGCUUCACACCAUUGUGAGAGGAGAGGACGAGGCAGCCAUGGUGGAGAGCGUUGGUCUGGCUCUGGUGAAGCUCCCUGAUGUCCUUCAGAGGCUGCGCCCUGACAUCCUGAUCGUGCAUGGUGACCGCUUCGACGCGCUGGCUCUAGCCACCGCUGCAGCGCUGAUGAACAUUAGAAUACUUCACCUGGAAGGAGGAGAGGUGAGUGGUACGAUUGAUGACUCAAUCCGUCAUUCCAUUAGUAAACUGGCCCAUUAUCACGCGUGCUGCACACGCAUGGCAGAGCAGCACCUCAUCGCCAUGUGUGAGGACCACGCUCGCAUCCUGCUGGCCGGCUGCCCCUCGUAUGACAAGCUGCUGUCCACUCAUCGAAGAGACGACUACAUGGAUGUGAUCAGGAGCUGGCUGGGUGACAAAGUGCAGGACCAUGACUACAUUGUGGCUUUGCAGCACCCGGUUACCACCGACAUCCAGCACUCCAUCAAGAUCUACGGUCUGAUGCUGGACGCUCUGAUCUCCUUCAACAAAAAGACCCUCAUUCUCUUCCCCAACAUCGAUGCUGGGAGUAAAGAGAUGGUGCGUGUGAUGCGAAAGAAGGGCAUCGAGCAGCACCCUAACUUUCGGGCAGUGAAGCACAUUCCCUUCGAGCAGUUCAUCCAGCUGGUGUGUCACGCCGGAUGCAUGAUUGGAAACAGCAGCUGUGGAGUACGAGAGGCCGGGGCCUUUGGCACACCUGUCAUAAACCUGGGCUCACGACAGACUGGCAGAGAAACAGGUGAAAAUGUUCUCCAUGUCAGGGAUGCUGACUCUCAGAAUAAGGUCUUUCACGCCCUGGAGCUGCAGUUUGGAAAGAGAUACCCCUGCUCUAAAAUCUACGGAGAUGGUAACGCAGUGCCUCGUAUUCUUAAGUUUCUGCGUACCAUUGACCUGGAUGAGUCCCUCCAGAAGUCUUUCUGCUUCCCUCCUGUGAAAGACUCCAACUCCCAGGACAUCGACCACAUCCUGGAGACACAGGCGGCUCUGGCUGUCGACCUGGGAGGGACCAACCUCAGAGUGGCUAUCAUCUGCCAGAGGGGUAAGAUCAUAAAGAAGUACUUCCAGCCCAAUCCAAAGACUUAUGAGGACAGGAUGCAGCUCUUAUUAAAAAUAUGUGAGGAUGCCAGGCGGGACGCCGUUGGCCUCAACUGCAGGUUGCUGGGCAUCGGAGUGUCCACAGGCGGACGUGUGAACCCGCAGGAAGGUGUGGUCCUUCAUUCCACAGAGCUGAUCCAGGAGUGGUCCUCUGUGGACCUGAGAACACCCAUCUCUGACGCCCUGCACCUUCCCGUCUGGGUGGACAAUGACGGCAACUGUGCCGCUCUGGCUGAGAGGAAGUUUGGUCACGGGAAGGGAGUGCAGGACUUUGUCACCAUCAUAACAGGAACAGGUGUUGGAGGAGGGAUUAUCCACCAGAACGAGCUGGUCCAUGGCAGUACCUUCUGUGCUGCAGAGCUGGGUCACAUCGUGGUAUCGAUGGACGGCCCCGACUGUCCAUGUGGCAGCAGAGGGUGCAUAGAGUCCUACGCGUCCGGCCUUGCUCUGCAGAAAGAGGCAAAAAGGCUGCACGAUGAGGAGCUGCUGAAGGUGGAGGGGAUGGACAUGAAGAUGGCUGAGCCAAUCACUGCUGCACACCUCAUCAGUGCAGCCAAACUGGGAAACCCUCGAGCUGAGGCUGUUCUCAACAAAGCCUCCACAGCUCUGGGUGUGGGUAUCGUGAACAUCCUCCACAUGCUGAACCCCUCUCUGGUGAUUCUGUCGGGGGUCUUGGCCUCUUACUACCAGGCUCCGGUGCAGAAUGUCAUCUCUGAGAAAGCCCUCAUGUCUGCUCAGAACAUCAAGGUCCUUGUGUCACAACUGGAGGAGCCAGCUUUACUUGGAGCAGCUAGCAUGGUGUUGGACUACGCAACCAGGAGGACAUAUUAAAGAGACCGCUAGGAGAGACUGCUACCGACCAGAUGACCGGAAUACGGACCAGAUAGAUGCAGAAACACAUCUAAGGGAUAUUUUUUAAGGCUUCAGUGAAAGACAACACAUUAAAACUAUCAUGCCAGUGCCAGGAUUUGAACACAUUUUAAAAGUAUGGAGGUGUGCCAGUUGUUGUAUCUAGCCAGUGAUACAUGUUCUGUGAAGUGGGUCCAAUGCAGGGGCCAGAUAUGCCACCUUUUUUAUUUUCUAUGCCUCCCAGUGAAGUCGAGCUUGAGAG